CAGUAUGAUGUCAGGGUUCUUCUUGGUUUCACCUGAUACCAUGAGGAAGUCGUGUUCAAAGAUAUAAUCAGGAAUUGGCAUGCCAGACGAAUAAACAUUGAAGAGAAGGGGUCCCAGAACACUGCCCUGGGGUAUUCCUGCAGUGAUUUUGCCAAUUCUGGAAUAUGUGUCAUCUGUGCCCCUGACUGUGAACGAUCUAUCCUGCAGAUAGCUUUCAAGAAUCUUGAACAAGCAGUAAGGCAGGAGUUUGGCCAGUUUAUUCAAUAAUCCUAAGUGCCACACUUUAUCAAAUUCAGUAAUGUCUACAAAUACAGCAGAGCUGUAUUCUUUUUGUUCGAGUGAUUUUUGUACUAACUGUGUGACCCUUGCGAGUUGGUGUUCAGUGCUGUGGUUUUUACGAAAGCCAAAUUGAUGGUUUGGAAUUGCUUUGCGAAAAGUUGAAUACAAAUUAUAUUGUUCACACCAAAGAUUAAAAAGGGCAACGUUACAAGGUCAAGGACAAUAUCCAAACUAUUCACACGAAAUACGUUUUGGAUGGCAAAGCAACGAUUGCUUUCAAGAAGCCCUCACUGAAUCUGUUGACUAAAUGUGAUCCCAUUCAGCUGAAGGGAUUCCUGCAGACGCUUAAACUGGGUAUGGAAGGCAAGGAUGUCAUCAAUUUGAGACUAAAUACAGUCACUGCCAUGGCACAAAAAUCAAAGUUACAGACGAAAAUGGCUAUAAAUCGUCACAGUGACUAUCCCAUCAAGGUCUUUCCUCGAUAUCUACAAUCCCUAACAAUAGACAAUACGCAAUUGGUUAAAUUGAGCUAUCAUAUAUGCUCCUUACGGAAUCUAACCCACCUGGAUGUAUCCAACAAUAAGUUGCGUAAGUUACCUGUUGAACUGGGGAGAUUACACUUGAGCAAGCUCGUCCUCCAUGACAAUAAUCUGGGUGAAAUAGACGAUUGGUCAUUUCUAAAUGGCAGCAAAUUACGAGACUCCCUGCGCGAAUUGGAUUUAUCGGCCAACGAUUUGACAUGUUUGCCUUUGCCUGUGGUCAAGUGCCACAAAUUGGUUAACUUGAAUCUCAAUUACAAUAAUUUGACUCAUCUACCCUUUGCCAUACGUCGCCUGAGAAGAUUACGCUCGCUUUACGUGUCGGAAAACAAAUUAAAAUCCCUGCCUGGCCUUUGCUUCCGAUGCGGACGGAGCUUCAACUCAUUCGCCUGAACCUCUCUGGCUUCAAGCUGUGGCCUAAUAUGAACUGCCAAUCGAUUCCCUGCAAGCCUUACUCAUUAAACUAAUUGCCGAGGCACCAAAAUGUACCUGUGGCAAAUUGUGCGAUGCUUUAGACAAGAAGCACAUUAUCGAACGAGUUGGUCAACCGAAAUUUGUAAAUAUUAAAAAUAUUACCUAUAGUCGAGAGCAUAUGAUCUAUUCUGAUGUUGUCAUAUGUGGCAACAAUUGUAGUAUAUGCAACCAAUGUAAGAACCUAUUCUCAGCUCUGAUAUUAGCCUAUUAUGCCAAUGUGCCAAACAAAAAGUGGAAUUAAUAAUUAAAUAUUAUGAAUAAGUAAAUGAAAGAAAAAGCUG